UAGAAAUAUCAGCAAGACGGAAGGCUCUGCAGAGAUAAAAGGCAGAAAAGCUGAUAGCUAUACCAUUAAACCAUAAAAGCGGCCAUGGAAGUUCUCUCCCCCUCGGCCGCAACCACAACACCGCAUAUAUUCCCAAGAAAAGCACACAAAAGCCAACCCCAAAAUCUCACUGUAAACAUCAAAUUUCCCAAUCCACCGAGCAAAAGAAACCACCUUCAUCUCUCUUCUUCUUCUUCUUUCAUUUCUUCUACAUGUUUCUCUUCCACACCAAGUGCGACUUUAACUUCACCUACAAAGACAUUUCUCACUCCCAGUGACAACCACCAUUGGAUGGUGCUCAUGGAGGCUCCUCCACAAGGGGUCAAUUCCAAACCAGAAGUUAUUGACUAUUAUGUUAACACCUUAGCAAGGGUAUUGGGCAGUGAGAAGGAUGCUCAGAUGUGCAUAUAUCAUGCAUCUUGUGAUUCCCCCUUCGGCUUUUGCUGUGCCAUUGACGAAGAUACUUCCCGCGUGCUCGCCCGUCUACCUGAGGUUUUAUCGGUUAGGGCCGACCCGGAUGAUAGUGCUGUUAAAAAGACAUACAGCUCAUCAACAGGAAGUACUCGGUUGUUUCCUGUGGCGAAUACCAAUCACUGGCUUGUUCGGAUGGACAAGCCGGGGGUUGGAGUUGUUACGAAGGCACAAAUGGUUGAUUAUUACGCUCAAGCACUGACCAAGGUGUUGGGGAACGAGAAGGAUGCUCAAAUGUGUAUAUAUCACGUUUCUUGGCGGUCAAACUUUGGGUUCUGUUGUGAGCUUGAUGAUGAAAGUGCAAGGGAACUAGCUCGUGUACCAGGUGUAUUAUCUGUCCUGCCAGAUAAAAACUUUGAAUCAGAGAAUAAAGAUUAUGGAGGAAAUUUACAGAGUUUUAUGGAUCAGGCAGAUUCUUCGGAAGCAAGUCAAACAGCCCCCAUAAAAACAAAGAAACUAUUUAUUACCGGCCUUUCAUUCUAUACAUCAGAGAAAACCUUACGAACAGCAUUUGAAGGCUUUGGCGAGCUUGUUGAAGUAAAAAUUAUAAUGGACAAAAUUUCUAAAAGGUCUAAAGGUUAUGCGUUCAUAGAGUACACUACAGAGGAAGCUGCUAGUACAGCACUCAAAGAGAUGAAUGGCAAGAUCAUUAAUGGCUGGAUGAUAGUUGUUGAUGUUGCCAAGACCAAUCCACCAAGAUACAGCCGUCCAAGAUAGGAAUAAUCCCACAGAUAGAGACGGAGACACAGACUGCCCUUAAAAGUUUUAAGGCUUAUUGCCCUCACAGUGUUGGUGGACUAUCCUGCAAACCAGUACCUAAAUUUUGUAUAUUGUACCUGCCAUAGAUCUUUUUUACCAGCUCAAUAUGUUCUUUCAAGUGAAGCAUUAGUGGUGCAUAUUACGGAAUGCAGCAUCUCUCUCUCUGUCUCUCAGCCACAUCCACAUGAAACUAGUAAUUACAGAAUGCAUCGAACAAUUUCUUUUUGACAUUGAAUUGAUGCAAGGAUUUCCAUCA